AUGGAGUCCCUUCCAGUUUUGCGCAGGUUUGUGCUGGCUCAGUCUAGACGGCCAUCUCAAACUACGUCCCCUCUCUUCCUCGACUUCCUCGCUCCAACAUCUAUUCGAACACAGCAGACGCAACGCCGGUACUCUUCCUCCAAACCACGAUAUGUCCUGAGCAAACAGCAACGCGAAUUCCUUGAUGGUGCUCUGAGGGUGAACCAGGCGGGUGAACUGGCGGCCACUUUGAUCUACACGGCACAGAGUCCUCAAGUGGUCCGAUCGCAUCCACACCUCCGGCCACUGAUGAAGCACAUGUACGAGCAAGAAGCCGGGCACCUCAAAACGUUCAACAAUAUGGUGGCGAAGCACGAGAUCCGCCCUACGGCAAUGUACCCUGUAUGGGAGGUUGCGGCUACUUUCUUGGGCUGGUCAACCGCAGCUCUAGGCCGUGAAGCUGCAAUGGCCUGUACCGAAGCGGUGGAAACUGAGAUCGGGUCACAUUACAACGACCAGGUGCGGGAGAUUUUGUCAUGGGAGGCUGAUGCUGCGCGGAGAGGGGAGGAACUUGACGACGAACUGAAGGAAAUGCUUUCCACAUUCCGCAGGAUUCGGGACGAGGAACUCGAACAUCUGGACCAUGCGGUUGCGAACGACUCGAAGGAGGCUAAGCCAUAUGAUCCACUGGUGGAUGUGAUCCGUUUAGGCUGCCGUGCUGCUAUCAAGAUCAGUGAGAAAGUAUGA